AUGGAGUCUUCAUCUCGACUCUCAACCACCUCUCGGGGUUUUCUCGUUUAUUUCUUCAUUUUGCUUUCAUUUCUCUCGAUCGUCACCGCCCAAUACGCCUAUUUUGAUGCCACUGAUGGAGAUACGGCUCAAUCGCAGCAACAACUCAAACGAAACAACAAUCUGAAUAACAUGUUCCGUAUCGGGAAACGAAAGUUGGGCAACAUGAUGAGACUUGGA